AUGUCUAUUUUGUAUGUGGUUCAAUUAACCAUCUUCAUUGUCAAACCUCUUUUUACUUCAUUAGCUUUCUUUUAUAUAUCUUACUUUAUUGGCGGUGUUCAUCUCAAUAUACACUCUAUGGGCAGUAUUGUCCGGUUUGUUAAUUUACUUCGUCUAUCGACAUUUAUCACUAGUCUUGUAGCCCUUGGCUUCCAUACUAGCCAAUGCAUGCUACUCUCCAUGUAUCAAGAAAAGGCAAAUAUACCUAGUUGGCUAGAAUCCGGUCAUUGGCAGUAUUUGACUUGGUUUAUUUUCUUAAGUUUCUCUUUCUUGAGCGCCACAGCUGUGUGCAUGCACGCCUUUUGCUGCGGAAGAGCUGAUAUAUUUCGAGGCGACAGAACCCUUGGCUUGACCAACGGUGUCCCACUGGUGGGCAUGAUCAUGGCCGCCACAUUCGUCGACACUCAGGAGCCAUGGACAAACAAUACAAUUGAAUUCAAGUACCCUUCUAGGGGGUUCAUUACUUAUUGCUAUACACUCGAUGCAGAACACGAUAUGUAUUAUCCUCUUUUGUACCAAAGAUGUUUACUUUUGAAUGGAACGUAUGUAGCCGGUGCGUUUCUUAGUGUAUUGUGGAUCACACUAUCGCUCACUAGUGUGUUGGCUCGAACCAAACGCCCACAACAAAUUGCAAGUCUUCCAAUGUCCAGGCGUCAUAUUUCUGAUUCCAUUUAUUCGCACACUACUGAAGCCACGACUGCCUGUUCAAAACCAAACACACAAUAUUUACAAUCCCACUAUUCCACACUCUCCCAGCAACAGCAACAACAACAGCGACAGCAAGAUAUAUACAACAAUUCUCAUCCCAUAGCAGCAUACGAAAAUUAUCAAUCAAACCAAAUUCACGAAGACAUUUCUUCACAUUCGACUUCACCUUCUUACUAUUAUCCACAUCAUCCACCUUUGGCCGCUCACGGUGAAAAGAUCGAAUUGUCAUCUCAUCACAAUUAUCACUAUGACGAAUAUUACGAGCCGAAUUAUCAGUCAAGUUCUCAUCCUCAACACCAGCAACAGCAACAACAACAGCAACAAUAUACUAAUCAUAAUCAUAAUCAUUAUAAUGAAAAUAAUCAAUCCACUUCUGUUGCCACUGAACAGCAAUGGAAUAAUCUAUCUGGCAUUAGAACUAUUGAACCCAACGAAGAAUGCUAUCAAUAUGGACAGCGUGCAUCUGAUGGGUAUCGUUACUCAAGAGGGCAGGACCCUUCUCACCGUGGAUCCUAUUACCAUCCAUAA